CCGGCGAUGGUUAAGCAUGGACUACCCUCUGCCAGAACGGACACCGCCACUCACGGCAGGGCAGCCUCUUCAGCCAAAGAUCUUAUCCAGGAAUGCCAACGGCACAAUUGUGUGGACCUCAUCGCCGUCCAACGAGGCUGAACUUCAGCUGUACAGGGUAAUGCAGAGGGCCAGUCUCCUCGCAUAUUACGACACCCUCUUGGAAAUGGGCGGUGACGACGUCCAGCAGUUGUGCGAGGCUGGAGAAGAAGAGUUUCUGGAGAUCAUGGCGCUCGUCGGAAUGGCCUCCAAGCCACUGCAUGUCCGGAGGCUCCAGAAGGCUCUUCAAGAGUGGCUUACCAACCCCAGUAUGUUCCGCUCGCCACUGGUUCCUGGAGGCGGGUUCUCGCCCAGACCUGUCCCCCCGCUGGUGACCUCCCCCCAACCCUUGGCGGUAGCCCCCCAGACUGCCCCCACGCCGCCUUCCCAACCCCCGCAGUCGCCUAGUCCAGCCAGGGUGGCAACUCCUCAGCUUCUGGUGGAGGUUGCACAGGGCAGCCCAGGGUCCCAAUCCCCUGGUUCACCACAACAACCACCGCCAGUGCUGCUGGAGGUACAAGUGAGCAGGUUAGCCGAGGCCGCCCAAGCUUUGGUUAACAGCUUACCGAGGCUGGAGCCCAAGUCCCACACCGCCAAGAGGAAGAUGAGCAAGGACCUAGAGCAGGUACUGUCUAUGCCCGAGGACGACCCCAAAAGGAUGGAACUCAUCCGAAAGUACGCAGCAAUUUAUGGACGUUUCGACUGCAAGAGGAAACCUGAGAAACCCCUCACCUUGCACGAAGUGUCCGUGAACGAGGCUGCGGCUCAGAUCUGCAGGUACCGACCAGCUCUGCUCACCAGGAGGGACGAACUCUUCCCCUUGGCCAGGCAGGUUGUUAGGGACUCCGGAUAUCACUACUCCAAGGGUCAUUCCAAGUCCUAUGCCAAAACUCCUUUUAAUGGUGAACAACCACCUUUAAAAAGAUCUCGCCUAGAGAACUACUCACCUGAUUACGAGGAAGCAUUAAAGAGGAGACAGGAAAGGCUUGACCAAAUAGCUGAAGAGUUGAGAUCGGUAAAAGAAAAGACUGAUGACCUCCUCAACAAGGAAGAUAGUGGACAGGCCGAGGUAGAGGCUCUUAGUUCCCGCCGACAACAGCUGCUCACUGAGCAGACCCAACUAGUCAACCAGAGCCUCCAACCGAACAGGUUGUACAGGCAGAACAGCAGUGGUAAGAUUCUGUACGUGGAUCCGGAUCGACCUGAUACAGACGAUACGGAUUCUCAACUUUCUUUUAGCAAUGAAAGUUCUCCUCUUCCUGAGAUGAGUGACUCACGAGAUUCCACCAAUAGGGAAGUGGAUGAAGGCAGUCCGGGUAAAGCGCAGAAUAACGAAUCUGAUGAUGAUAUUUCGGAAAAGGAGUCUUCACGAGAUGCUGGCCAAAAUGAUGAUGACGGCUAUGAAAAUUCGUUUUAUCAAGAAAAUAAAGUCAAAGUUAUAUCGUCUAGUGGUGGUCACAUUAUUGCAGUUGCAAAUCCAGCUCUCUCGAUGUCACCUGCCAUAUCCUUAGAGAAUGGAAGAACACCUAUACUUAACAAAGAUGGAUUGUCUCCUAUUGAUCCUAAAAUUUCAUAAAUUGUUCAUAAAGUGAUACCAAAAAUUAAAGUAUUGUUUAUAUUAUAUAUAUAUAUUUAGCUUGGAAUUGUAAAUAUGUAAUCUAUAGAAGUGUAAAUUAGUGUAGAAAUUGCCAAAGUAUUUUAUUGUUCUCUUUGAGCAAAAUGUUGUUGAUUUGAUUUAUCAAAUAAAUUAUUCAACUUACAUCAUUCUUUGCCUUAUAAUGAUUACUAAAAGAGUUAAAUAGUAAUUUAAAAAAAUUCUUUCACACAGAAUAUAGAAAUUAAUAAAAUGUGGAAAAAAUUGACUAGUUUAUAAAAAUUUAAUUGGCCGAUACAGCAAUAUUUAUAUUAUUUUAAUUAUUUAUUUAUAUUAAAAUAAUUAAUAAUUAAUUCUCAUCAAAUUUAUGUGUGAUAUAAUUUUAAAUUAACAUAAAUUUUUAUAUCCACAGUGAUAAUAAAAUGGCUUUGUACAUACUGUAUCUUCUUUUUUGUUUAUCAACCCCUUAUAAAAUUAUGAUUAGAACUACAAUGAAA